ACGUCAUUUUUGGUGAAGGUCCAAAAUAUGUGGACGGAUUUGGGUCGAUUACAUCCCAGGCUACACCAUAUUCAAACCUGCACAAAGCAUCUCAACCAGCUGGGCUUUUUUCAUCUGGACGAGAUACAACUGUCUGUCCACAGAAAAAAACUUACUGAGGAACGAUGGUGGCAAGCGCAGACUCUAUUGACCUGGUCAAUGUUUGGCUUUCGUUGACUUGGUCACUGCUCUGGAAAGUUUUGGUAACUAUUUUGGUGCUGACGAACUUUAAGAACUUUCCUUUCACUUGGCAUAUUCGUCUACUCCGUGGAUAUCGCUGGCUACUACGAUCAAAUCGACCAAAAAAUGGUCCCUCCCCUGCCCAGCUUUUUCAACCUUUGAUACUGUCAUCUGGAAACGCUCUCUGCGAGUUGGAUUAUAAUGGUCAUAAAUCCAACAGUACAUACUUUGCCGAUUUAGACAUUGCUCGCGCUCACCUUAUGUGCACACUCUUUUCGAGUGGUGUAGACUAUGCUCGAAAUGCACGGAGAAGGACCGGUAUUCUCGGGGUAUCUGAUGACCUGAUCGGUCUGGCCCUCGGAGCAGUCAGCUGCACCUUUCGAAAGGAAGUAAAACCCUUCCAAAGCUAUGAAAUUUGGACACGAGUUCUAUCAUGGGACGAGAAAUGGAUAUACACGGUGACUCACUUUGUGAGAAAAGACACCGUUCGACCACGCAGCUUCACGCUUCUGCCGCAGGGUUACAAUUCUCGGCAGGCAAAACUGAACGAUCUUGCCAGGAAGGAAGACGCGAUAUUCGCCUCCGCUUUAAGUAAAUGUGUGUGGAAAAAAGGACGUCGAACUGUUUCUCCCGAGAUCAUGCUUCAAGUCUCUGGUCUACUCCCCCCGCGCCCAGGCCAGGAAGAUUUCGUGGUCAGUCUCCGUGACGAACCACUGGGAAAGCUCACUAUGAGCAAGCAGUUCGAGGAGUAUUAUGAUUUGCCAUUCAAAUUGGUCGCUAAGAUUGAAGACACGUGGGAUGCUCUCAAAGCCCAAUUUUCCCUCGAAAAUGAAGACAUCGCCGAGGAGGGUCGAUUUCAGAGCGGAAAACAAGCUCAUCCCACCCGAAACAAUCGAUCACAGCAGCACCAGCAGCAAGAGCCUAGAGAGGAAUGGACAUGGGAGAAAGUGGAACAGGAACGUCGACGUGGUAUGGAAAUCGCGAGGAGUCUGGCUGAAAUGGAUCGGUUGCAUGGGGAGUUCACCGCUGAUACUAAUGCGUUGGCUAUGCGCCGGGAUUUGUGGUAGAUCAAUGGCACAUCAAAAACGUUUAUCGUUUUCUCUUUGUGGAGUGUCUCUUGCAGUUUUAAUAUAGAUUACUUCUUACUCUUACCUUAAAUGGCUGAGCUAAUGCACAUGUAUUACACAC